AUGAGUGAUGUACCGAAGGAGUACAGAGCGCUCAUGAGGGAGGCCGUGAAGGAGGGCGGUAGCGAUAGGCCGUUGAAGCGCCGUAAGAGAAGAGUGGCGAGACAGGACGAGGCUCUCGAUGGGGACGGCGAGGGAGAGCAAGCGGGCACUGAGGCUGCUGCUGAUGUUGAGGCUGCUGCUGUAGGUGUCGAUGCUGAUGAGGACACGCCGGAGGUUGAUGUGGCAUGCAACCGUACGGUUGAGGUUGACGAUGUUGACGACGAGAGCGAUGAGGACUUUGAUGAUGACGAAUUCGAGGAUGUUGAUCUGGAGAAUGUCCAACCAAAGGCUUCCUCGAUGCUCAAGGAUGUCACAAUAGCACUGAACAAGACCCCCGCAGAGCCUGAAAAGAAGAGCAAGAGGAGAAAUGUCAUCGACAAGCAUGAGAGACUGCUCAGGAAGACCAUCCAUAGAAACUAUCUUGCCACGAUGAUGGUGCAUGGCUUCAUAAGAAAUCAAUGGUGUAACGAUGAACAUAUACAUCGCCACCUGAGAAAGCUGAUCCCUGUGAGAAUGUUUGAAGAGCUACACCCCUCAAGCUCUAUAAAGAUGCCACAGAUGAGAACUAGGCAGUUCCUAGACGGGUUACGACACCUGCUGCAAAAAUGGGUACAGUUCUAUAAAGUGACGUCUAACAAGGGGCUUUAUAAGCAUGACUGGUACGACUGGGAUGAAACGGUUACUAGAACGCCGACUCCCUUCUCAAGAUUCCAAAAAUGUAUUGUCAAGGGCCGUGGUAGUCGGGACAUUGGAGCACAGGGCUUUGUUGCUCUCUUGAGGGCAGCUGAUGUACCGUCAAGACUGGUCUUCUCACUACAGCCACCUGAUAUUACAAACAUGCAAAUCAAAGAACAUGCCAGGUCUAAAGAUAGCCCAGAAAUUGAGAUGAAAUAUCCAGUGUUUUGGGCUGAGGCCUGGGACUCUGUCUCAAAGACCUGGUACACAAUAGAUCCCAUAAUGUUCAAAACCAUUGAGAACAUCAAGACCAAAAGCGUUUUGGAGCCUCCGAUGAGCUACCCUUACAACCAGCUGAACUACGUUAUAGGAUAUGAUCGUGGAGGACGCGUGAGAGAUAUUACGAAACGAUAUGCUGAGAAGUACUACGCAAGAACCCGCAAGAAGAGAAUCACCAAGGAUGAGGCUGAAGAUAUUUGGUAUAGUGGAUUCAUCGAUGCAUUAUCAUCAAGACCAAUUAAUAAAGCCGAUAAGUAUGAGCAGGAGUACUUUGCAAAGAAGGCCGAAGAUGAAGGAAUGCCGGACAAUCUACAGGAUUUCAAGAACCAUCCGUUCUAUGUUUUGGAGAAAGAUUUGAGAAGCAAUGAAGUUCUGCAUCCUAAGGAGUCAUGUGGAAUGCUUCGUAUCAAGGGUAAAAACGAAUCAAUACCUGUUUAUAAAAGAGCCUGUGUUGUUACGCUGAGAUCUCCAAGGGCAUGGUAUCAACGUGGCCGGAUUCUGAAACCUGGUGUUCCACCGCUCAAAGUUCGUCAAAAGACCAGUGCCCAGAUGGCUCGAAAUUUGUCUUUUGGGGAUGACGAUGAAGAUAAAGAGGAGAGAUUGUAUGCAGAGUUUCAAACCGAACUAUAUGUGCCACCUCCUGCAAUUGAUGGCUUAAUCGAGAAGAAUGCGUAUGGAAAUAUUGACGUCUUUGUUCCUUCCAUGAUCCCUAAGGGUGCUAUUUUGAUCCAGACCCCAUAUGCUUUAGAAGCAGCAAAACAACUGGAGAUAGAUUAUGCUCCUGCAGUUGUUGGAUUCAAAUUUGAUAGAAGGAGUGCCACUCCAAGGAUCGAAGGUGUUGUUGUCGGAGAAGAGUUCAAAGAUAUAUUACCUGUUAUUCAAGAGCAGAUUAAGGCUGAGGAAAUUGAGAAGGAAAGAGUCAAAUUAGAGAUACGAGCCCUCAAGGCAUGGAGUCUAAUGCUUUCAAAGCUUAGAAUUAAACGUCGCCUGGAAAAAUCUCAUGGCAAAGUUGAUGAAGAUGAACCA